AUGGUUGGAAUUGGCCCUAAGCACCCGCAGUCCCGCAAGGGGUCCAUGCACGAACUGCCCCAGAACCUGCUGGGGCCCAUUCACGACUUCGAGAAGGCUUUUACAGUCGAUCGCUCCAAGCUUAAGGAGAUCGUGAACCACUUCGUCAAGGAGCUCGAGAAAGGCCUCUCCGUUGAGGGCGGCAACAUUCCCAUGAACGUGACCUGGGUCUUGGACUUCCCCGAUGGCAACGAGCAAGGAACCUACCUGGCUCUCGAUAUGGGCGGCACCAACCUACGUGUUUGCGAAAUUACCUUGACCGAGGAGAAGGGCGCUUUCGAUAUCACACAAUCCAAAUAUAAGAUGCCUGAGGAGCUGCGGACUGGAACCGCCGAGGAGUUGUGGGAGUACAUCGCCGACUGCUUGCAGCAGUUCAUCGAGCACUACCACGAGGAAGGAAACAUCGCCAAGCUGCCUCUCGGUUUCACUUUCUCCUACCCCGCUACCCAGGAGUAUAUCGACCACGGCAUCCUGCAGCGCUGGACCAAGGGCUUCGAUAUUGACGGUGUCGAGGGUCAUGACGUUGUUCCCCCUCUGGAGGAGGGUCUUCCCAUUAAAGUCGCAGCACUGAUUAACGACACCACCGGUACCCUCAUUGCCUCCUCUUACACCGACUCCGCCAUGAAGAUCGGCUGCAUCUUCGGCACCGGCGUGAACGCCGCAUACAUGGAGAACGCAGGGUCCAUACCCAAGAUCGCGCACAUGAACCUGCCGGCUGACAUGCCUGUCGCCAUCAACUGCGAAUAUGGAGCCUUCGACAACGAGCACGUGGUCCUCCCUCUCACCAAAUACGAUGACAUCAUCGAUCGCGACUCUCCCCGUCCCGGCCAACAAGCCUUCGAGAAGAUGACCGCCGGACUCUAUCUGGGCGAAAUCUUCCGUCUCGCCCUCCUAGACCUGAUCGAUAACCACGCCGGUCUGAUCUUCAACGGCCAGGACGUCUCCAAGCUGCGCAAGCCCUACCUGCUCGAUGCCUCCUUCCUCGCCAACAUCGAAGAAGACCCUUACGAGAACCUGACAGAGACCCUGGAUCUCUUCGAACGCACCCUGAACAUCCGCCCGACCCAGCCGGAGCUGGAGCUCGUCCGUCGUCUCGCAGAGCUGAUCGGUACCCGUGCCGCUCGUCUGUCCGCCUGCGGAGUCGCUGCCAUCUGUACCAAGAAGAACAUCGACUCGUGCCAUGUCGGUGCGGACGGCUCCGUCUUCACUAAGUAUCCCCACUUCAAGGAGCGUGGUGCCCAGGCCCUCCGCGAGAUCCUUGACUGGGCCCCUACCGAGCAGGACAAGGUUUCCAUUAUGGCUGCUGAGGAUGGUUCCGGUGUUGGUGCUGCGCUGAUUGCCGCCUUGACGCUCAAGCGUGUCAAGGCUGGUAACCUUGUAGGUGUCCGUAACAUGGAUGACAUGAAGACCCUGCUUUGA